AUGUGUCUGAUUUUAGUCAAAGCAUGUGAAGCUAUGUACAAAUUUGCUGAAAAGGGUGAUGAAAACAAAACAACCCUCGUUGAACUUGGGGCUGUGGAGCCGUUGUCCAAGCUGAUAUCGAAUGAAGACAAAGCAGUGCGCAUAAAUGCAGUCAUGGCAUUGGGAGUCAUGGCUUCCCACAAUGCUGUUAAGAAGCUGUUGAAAAAGCUGGAUGUUAUACCAUCCAUUUUAGCAAGACUUGCACCAGCCAAAGACACACUUAUCCAUGAAUAUGCAAGUCUGUGUUUGGCCUACCUGUCUGUUGAAUACACAAGCAAAGUUCAAAUAUUUGAACUAAAUGGAUUAGAUACUCUUAUCAGCCUUCUUUCAAGCCCUGAUCCUGAUGUCAAGAAGAACUCCCUUAAGUGCAUUUAUCAAUUUGUUCAGGAUUUCCCAAGCCAUGCUGCUAUUCAGGAGCUGAAUGGAAUUCCCCCCUUGCUUGAACUGCUCAAGUCUGAAUAUCCUGUUAUCCAGCAGCUAGCGCUGAAAACUUUAGCAACAAUUACCCGCGAUGCAGAAACCAGAGUGGCACUCAGAGAGAACCAGGGAUUUGAACAGCUCAUUGAAAUUCUGGGGAACAAUGAAUUGAAUGACCUGCAUGUAGAAACACUUGUGGUGGUAUCACAUUGCAUGGAAGACAUGGACACAGUGCAGCGGAUUCAGCAGACUGGGGGUUUAAACAAACUUCUCCAAUUAGCUGAAACAUCUACCCUUCCAGAGGUCCAAAUGAAUGCUGCUAAAGCCAUAACUAACACAGCACAGAGCAAUGAAAACAGGAAAAUUCUGCAUGAACAAGAAGUUGAGAAAACCCUGGCAACCCUUUUGAGAGUGAACUACGAGGGACUCAGAACAGCGGCCUGCCAGGCUAUAGCCAUUAUGUGUGAGAACUUGGCAAGCAAGGAUGAAUUCAGGAAGCUUGCAGGAAUUCAGCCCAUUGUUCAGUUGCUAAACAGUGAACAUGCAGAAGUGAAGAAGGCUGCAGCCUUGGCAUUAUCAAAUCUGACGAGUGCAAAUCACCUUAACGUUAAUGCCGUUAUUGAAGCCGAAGGCGUUGAAGCUUUAGUACAACUGCUGACUGAUAAAAUGGUUGGAGCUGUGGCACAUGCUGCUGAUGUGCUCACAAACAUGUGCACCCAGGAAGCUUUGCGCUCCAGUAUCCUGGCUCAGGGGGCCAUGCAGGCUCUGACAGAAGCACUGUGCUCCACCAACAGUCUUGUAUUAAGCAAAGUGGUGCUGGCAGUGGCAGCAUUAGCUUGUGAUUCAGAUACAAGAACUGAUGUGCUCACAAACAUGUGCACCCAGGAAGCUUUGCGCUCCAAAAAUGCUUACAAUGUUCACAGGCUUGUUGUGAAGGAAAUGCGUGGACCGGUAGAAAAAGAUAGACUUCAUGAAUUUUUCUGGGAACUUCAUGUCAGUGAGCUCAAAUUUCAAUUGCAAUCCAAUGUUAUCCCAAUUGGACAAAUUAAGAAAGGAACCUUCUACCAUAGAGCUUUGCUAUUUAAGGCUCUAGCAGACAGAAUUGGCAUCAAUUCCAGUCUGGUUCCAGGAGAGUAUAACAGAACAUGGAAUGAGGUCUUGUUAGCUGAUGAGGUUCCGAAGGCUCCAGGAAAACUCUUUCCCCCCAAGGCAUAUGCAGUAGAUCUCAUGCACAGCCCUGGACACUUCAUGAAAAAAAACAGCCCUGAGGCCAUUCAGUAUCAAUGCAUAUAAUGAAUUUCCUAAAACAAUACAUGUAUACCUUAAGUAAUUCUUCUAACCAUUUUGCCAAAAAUGUAUAACCAUGACAGAAUUGCAUAUGCAUAAAAGAUGUGGCCAACAUAAUUGAUACAGUACCUAGAAAAGAGUAUUUGUGGAUUUCUGAUACCUUCCUGUAUAAUUAAUAUAGUGUAAUAAAGUAUUGGCUAUUUAAAAAGCAGUAACUUUUUCAGUAAUUUUGGUAGUGCUGUGCUUUGUUUCAGUACCCAACAAGAAAAGGAGUUGAUCCA